GCCUCACGUCCUCACGGCAGCGGCCGCCACUUGUGGGGGUGAAGGGACGGCGGGGGCGGCAGUGGUUUGGCUCCCUCCUCCUCCUCCUCCUCCUCCCACCGUCGUGUCAUUUCUCUUUAGGGUUUGCCGAUGUUGGAGGCGCUUCAAGGCCUCAGUGAUAGAGAAUGACGCAAGUUAAAGUUCAGACUGCAGUAAACCUAUCUGGAUCUACACUGGGUGUCACGAUGCAGUCACCAUCUGUAGCUAGUACUGUUCCUCUGGUUCUGCAGUCUUCUCUGAAUGGGUCAGUCCCAGCCGCAAGUUCCAGCUGUACCAGCCCUGCCGCUGGGUUUGUGGAUUCUACUGCUUCAAUUAUUAACUCACCAGUUUCCUUCCAGGAUAACAUGGCAAACCCCAAAGAGAAAACCCCAAUGUGUCUGGUGAAUGAGUUAGCCCGUUUCAACAGAGUUCAGCCCCAGUACAAACUUCUAAAUGAAAGAGGACCAGCCCAUGCCAAGAUCUUUAGUGUACAGUUGACCCUUGGAGAUCAAACUUGGGAAGCAGAAGGAAGUAGCAUCAAAAAGGCUCAACAUGCUGCUGCAGCCAAAGCUUUGAGUGAGACCACUCUCCCAGAACCUUCCCCACGGCCAACAAAAGCAAUUAUGAACAAUAAUCCAGGCAGCAUAACGCCAACGGUAGAGCUGAAUGGUCUUGCAAUGAGGAGGGGUGAGCCUGCUAUCUAUAGACCAUUAGAACCAAAGCCAUUACCCAACUACAGAGCUAAUUAUAACUUUAAGGGCAUGUACAAUCAAAGGUACCAUUAUCCAACUCCCAAAUUAUUUUAUGUCCAGUUGCUUGUGGGUAAUACGGAGUUUAUUGGAGAAGGACGGACUCGUCAAGCUGCGAGGCACAAUGCUGCUAUGAAAGCCCUUCAGACACUUCGUGACGAACCCAUCCCAGAAAGGACAUCUCGGACUGAUGAAAUUUCAAAUGAAGGAGAAGAGGAUACAGAUAUAAACAAAUCCGAAAUCAGCUUGGUAUUUGAGAUUGCUUUGAAACGUAACCUGCCUGUCAAUUUUGAGGUAACCAGAGAAAGUGGACCUCCUCACAUGAAGAGCUUUGUUACCCGUGUUGCAGUUGGAGAAUUUACAGCAGAAGGGGAAGGCAAUAGUAAAAAGCUUUCCAAAAAACGAGCAGCAAUAAUUGUACUUCAAGAGCUGAAGAAACUUCCUCCCCUACCAAUUGUAGAGAAACCCAAAACUCAUUAUAAAAAGCGUCAGAAGUCUAUACUAAAGACUGGUCCAGAAUAUGGGCAAGGUAUGAAUCCCAUCAGUCGAUUGGCCCAAAUACAACAAGCAAAGAAGGAGAAAGAACCAGAAUAUCUUCUAUUAUCAGAAAAAGGUCUUCCUCGUCGCAGAGAGUUUGUAAUGCAGGUCAAAGUAGGCAUUGAGAUGACUACCGGAACAGGUCCAAACAAGAAAGUUGCAAAGCGGAAUGCAACCGAAGUCAUGUUGCUGCAGCUUGGAUACAAAGCCACAAUCCCUGGUCAAAAUCAUCAGGAAAAGCCUGUUGAAAAGAGCUGGGAUGGACGGAAGGUCACUUUUGCUGAUCAACCAAAUACCCAGAAGGGAAUUCUCCAUCUCUCCCCUGAUGUUUACCAAGAGAUGGAAGCAAGUCGUAACAAGGCAGCUCCUACCAUGAACUAUUUGACACCUAAAGAAAUAAAUCAAGGAUGUAGUUCAUUCUUCAGCACUACAAGCAACACAGCAACUAUUGCAAGGGAGCUUCUGUUGAUUGGGACAUCCCCAACUGCAGAAGCUAUAAGUUUGAAAGGAAAAGCUCCAGCUUCCCCCUGUUCAGCAGUACAACCCUCUCAGCAACUAGAGUACUUAGCCAGAAUCCAAGGUUUUCAGGUGCAGUACAGUGAUAUGCAGAACGGCAAAGAAUGUAUGACCUACCUGACACUUUCACCUGUGCAAAUAACCUUUCACGGCAUAGGAAGUUCCAUUGAAGCUAGCCGUGAUCAGGCAGCUUUAAAUGCCCUGAAACAGCUGUCAGAACGAGGACUUGACCCAGUGGAAGGUGCAAUCAAGAUAGAAAAUGGAUCCAUUGAAAUACAAGUCAAACAUCUGAUACAAAAAACUGACAAUAAACAGGCUAACUCAGGCCCAGCUCAGGACUGCAAGGAUUCAAAGGCUGUCGUCAAGGAGCCUGUAGCACCCACGGCUGCCACUGUGUCCUUAUAAAGCUGUCAACACGCAAUAGGGUGUAUGUGUAUGAGGAAACGAACAAUGCCAGUAUAUGAAUCUAUGUGAAGACAACACUAAUAGAAUGCAAGUGAAUAAAUGCAUGGUACCAUUAAUCUCAAGAGAAAUGAACCGAGUGUAUAGAUUCCCCUUUACAAAGAAAAAUAAAUACUUGUGUUGGUUGCCUGUUAGCAGUAGAUUUGCUAUCAUGCUGCUAAGCUUGUUUAUCAAUUUUUAGUGAAAAGUGUUUUAUUUUAAGUGAUGAGACAAAUACAUCACCACUGGCUAUACAUAUUCACUACUGUUUCAUCAACUAUCAACCGUUUUCAGUGCAACUUUAGUUUCUGCUUUUUAUGAUGCUUCAGCAUUUAAUUAGUAGCAGUGCAAUGAGAGUUGUAGUUGUUGUCUUCAUAUACAGUCAUUCAGCUUAUCUUUUUAUGAUGAUAUAGCAUUUAUCAUUCUAUAUGCAUAUAUAUGAUUAAGAUACAGACUGUUACUAGAGUUGUGUACGGAGGUAAAAACUGAAUCACACAAAAUGCUUAUUGAUACAUGAACUGAUGAUGUUAGCGCUGAUCAGUAUAGUUUUAACAUUAUACUCCAGGAAGGUAGUUAUGGUGUUUGAUUUUCAAUACUAUCACAGACGUUUGAGAUGACGUGCCAAGCAGUAGCAUUUUGUAUCCUUUGCUCCUCUGUUCUGUGAAAUACAUUUACACCCAUUCUGUGUGUUGUACAACCCACUGUCUGCAUCAACUGAGUGUUUUUAAUAACUGCAUUUGGAUCUGGAUAUAGUAAUCUUGGAGAAAAGCAAGGUCAACAUGUACAGUAUAAUAGCAAGUGUGUUUAAAACAUGAUAUAUGUUGGAAAAGCUAUGAUAAUUGGACAGAAGUUUGAACCUUGUUUAUUUUUGGAUUAAUAAUUGCUCAAAUGCAGUAAAACCACAUCAGUUCAUGAGUAA